CAUUUCGUUUAAAUACUAUCACGAUGACUGAGGCUCAACUCGAUAGAAUGGCUAAAGGCUUCAGGGAAAGAAGUGGGACAGAGAUUGUACUCGUUGCCGGUAUCUGGGGCACAAUCAGUGUGUUAACGUUGCUCGGUAACUUCACAACGUUGUUGAUUGUCAUUCGUAACCGAAGUUUGUGGACAGCAGCAAAUAUGYUUGUAGCAUCAUUGGCGCUUUCCGACUUUGGAUUUGCGGUAUUAAAUGCUGUUCCCAUUGGUACMACKGUGCUUUCGAGCAGAGAAUGGCCUUUUUCAUGGAGUACGUGUCAGUAUCAAGGCUUUUCGGCACUUGUACUGGCUGCAGCAUCAAUUCUUACACUUGGUUGUACAGCUGUUAACAGGUUCUACCGAGUCGUCAAGCCUGCCGACGUAUACAAUCGCUACUUUACUACAAAGAGAACAGCUGGAAUCAUCGGCCUCAUUUGGUUGCUAGCACUACUCGCCCCAGUCCCUUACGUUGUUGGAGGCAACACGUUUCAUUUCCAUCAAGGCAAAGCCUUCUGCUAUUUACAAAUUGAUAGUGGAUGGUUUACUGCUUUUUUAGUAUUGACAUACAUCGGAAUACCAGCUACAGCGAUUUGCUACUGCUAUCUACGAGUAUUCGUCGCUGUAAGAAAACACAACGCACAGAUUAAUAGUAAUAGUCGAUUGAGUGCCGCGGAGAUCAAAAUCACCAAAACUUUGUUUUUCAUCGUGUUCGUCUUCAUGUGCUGCUGGACACCAGUACUGGUUAUUGACGUCAUUGAUACCAUUCGWGGUCGAUGGAGCAUGCCCAGAUGGUUGUAUCUAACCUAUAGUUUUCUGACCCUCUUUAGUAGCUUUGUAAACCCUGUGAUCUAUGUGAUAAUGAACCCUACUUUUAGACGUGAGUACAAAAAGCUACUAACCCUAAACUGUAUUACCUGCAGGAAGAAGGCAGGAGAAACUGUGCGUGAUUCUAGUAACGCUGAUGUUAAAAAUGUUGUAUCCCGAGACAUGUAACCAAGUAGAGUCAACUCUCUCGUAAGCGACCACCWCGGGAUCAGGAARAAGUGGUCGCUUAUGARAGAUGGUCGCUUACGAGAAUUUUUUUUACUAUAAGUGUAUAUGGAAAACUGAACAAAACGAGAAAUUUAAAAAAAUGUUACAAGAGACGAUCGCUUACUAGAGUGGUCGUAAAGCAAGUGUAUUUGCGGUUAUGACCUGAGACAGAAACUCCUAGAAAUUUCACUAGGAUAUCGUGGAAUUUCAGUCUAUUCAAAAGCAAAAUAAGAUAUUCAAUUUUAUAGGAGCUAAUACAAGCAGCAAGCAGUCCUCAAUGUACCCCUACUACAGAAUAUGAACGUUGUUAACCAUUGAGGGGUAAAAUGCCAAUAACUUCAAAAUCCCAACACCAACAGGACCAACAGCUCUGAAAUUUUUGUUUUUUAUUCUAAAAUUUAUCAGGGCAGAUUUUGAUGGUAUGUUGAUGUCGUUAUUGACACAUAUAUUAAAACUAGACCCUGGUAUGCAGGKUAUGUCAUGGUGUGUCAUCACAAUUAUGACGUCACAAUGCUUAUCAUGGAAACAAAACCAUGAUAUCACAGCAGAGCAAUAACGCCUUAAUAUGACAUUUAACUGGUUAUCAAGAUAUUGAUAUAUCAUUUAUAAAAAAAUAAUGAUAUCUAUGAAGUCAUUGUGACGUCAUAWAGAACGGAGGUCAUUUAUAUAAAGCAUCGAUAAAGAGAUGUUAUUGCAGCAUUGUGUAUGUCAUUGGUAAUAGUUAUGUAAAAAGAUAAAUUUAACACCGUAAAAAAGUAUGUGGAAAAACUUACUGACGUUUCGGAUGUUAAUCCUUCGUCGGAGUACGGUGUUAAAUUUAUCUUUUUACAUAACUGUUUCUUUAGAAACACCGACGCAGCUCACACUAGUUUACCGCUAGUUCCCAUCAUUGGUAAUAGCCAGUUUAUUAAAAUGCAUAG